CCCUCCCUGCGGACUUACCAAACAUGGGGUUUCAACACCCAAUGCCCAUUCUAUCGAGCGUUCUGCAAGUUGGAACCCUCGAGGGCAACUCUUAGCCUGUACGAACUGAUUGAGGAUGUUGUCAAAAAUAUAAAGAAACUGGUAACGAGGACUCGUCCCAAUACGAACAAUCGCUUCCCACCAAAGCGCCUCACACUGCAAACCGCGGGAACCAUUCACAAACACAAAGCAACCACUCGUUGAUCAUGUCCGCUUCCCUCCCGACACCGCCACCUCCUACUCACCCAGCCAGCCCGCCAUAUUCCUCCAGCAAGACUGCAGCGGUGGCUUCUUCUUCUGCUUCCGACUAUGCCGCCCCGAACGACGCGACCGCCAAACUUACCGAGGCGAUAGAUGAUUUCCUGGGCGAUCUGGAGAAGAAGUUUAAAGGCAUUAGCGACGAGAUCUUGACCAAGCUGGACGACAUGGCCGAGCGCUGCGAUCGUCUCGAACAAGAGAUUCUGCUCAGAGAUGCCAGUGCAAUGGAGAACACAGGCAAGGCGUCGACGGGCUCAAAUGCUGGGUCGUCAUGACAAUAACGGUCGAUGUCCCUCAGGAGUUGUUUCUACACAUAAUUUUGGAUUGAAUCCACCGUGCGAAAAAUAACGAAAUUGAUGCGAAAGGUUGGGGCCGAACUCAGGUCAUGAACGGUGGCCCUGAGAGUUCUACUUCUGACGAGGUCUACGGUGACAUAAUGUUGCUUCACGCCUCCCGGUGCAAUUGGUGCUGUGAAUGCUCUGCUUCCUGUUUGCGAACGUCGCAGUCUCACUCAAGGCGGAGACGAAGCACAUCAGAUCCCAGGUUCUUCCUCUCUCUCAAUAAGAGUUCCAUACUUGUACUCCUCGUUGUAGUAUGGCCUAGCUGCGAAGGGUUGAGUGACAAUUUGCACAGUGCAAGAGCCGGUACAACGAAAAUCUGAUAUAAAAAAGGA